UUCUCAUCCUCCCGCUGCCAAAAGGUGUCAUCCUGUCAUCCAUAGGAUAUUAUUGCCAGCACUCCGUCGACGGCCCAUAUCAAUCCCGGCAUUCCGCUCUCAGCUUCACCCACCUCUCCCCAUACCUUUCCCCAGAUCAUCUCUUAACCCCGGCAAUGAUAUGUCGGCCCGCAUAUGAUGGUCAUGGAAAGCUCAUUGCGAGAUAUUCUACACGCGACUGAACCAACAUAUGAAUCAUCUACUUUACAUACAGGGCAUUUGCCAAAACCUGAUGACGGAUCCCUGGUGCCACAUGAGGGACAGCAUGGUCCCACUGAUUCGCGAAAACGGCCUGCUACGCGGAUAAAGUCGUCUUAUCCGCGGAAAAGAGCAAUACAGGCAUGCCAGAAAUGUCGUGUGAGAAGGACGAAAUGCAAUAAUGAACGUCCAGCUUGUUCUUCUUGUUUGUCCAUUGGUGCGGAGUGUACUUACACUGAAGGAGACCAUUCAACCUUCGAUUCGGCCAGUCUUGCCAUUCUUGACAAGUUGAAUACCAUCGAGGAGCUCCUGAAGAGCACCAAUGAACGCAGGUCGGCCACUGUCACGCCAGGCAGCGCCGACGGUGAUGCUCGAGGCACAUUGUCCCGGCUGAAGUCCUUGAAUUCGCCCAGCCUGGAGAGAGCGAAGGGCACAGCCCCUUUUCACAUGAACAUCGAGGGAGUCCUUUCCUGGUCUGUCUUUGACGAUCUGAGUCCGAACUUAGAUCUCAAAGGUCUACUCAAUUCUACUAGUCAUGUACUGCCGAAUCUGUCAGUAGGUACCGAGAUUGACGAGCAGAUUGGCGAGGAAACCCUCGUUGCACGAUUUAUGAACAAUGUUUUCAUUUACAACCCCGUUCUUGAGGAGGCAAAGAUCCAUCGGUACAUGCGGGAUGCACGAUUUAAUGGUAUCGGCUGGGAUGCGCAGUCCUGUCUCUUAUUGUUGAUAUACGCCCACGGGUCUAUUGUUGGUCCCUUCGACGGUGGGCACCAGCCGGACGCAGCAUCAUUCCGUUCGACGCCUCAAUUCAAGCAAGCUGAAUCGUUCUUUUUGGCUGCACAGAAGCGAAUGGGCCCUUUACUUUGCAGAACAGGUGUUCUGGAAGCACAAUGCUUCUUCCUAGCCGGAGUUUAUCUCAUGGCUACAUUGCGUCCUAUGGAGGCCUGGAAGAUGUUUGUACAGGCUCUUGCCUGCUGUCAAGCAUUCUACACCGAAAAGGAGUCUCCCAAUACGGAAAAUGAAGGCGAGCAGCGGCUACGAGAGAGCAUAUAUUGGACGUGCUUCAAGUCUGAACUUGAACUUCGUCUGGAAUUAAAUGUGUCUGAGACAUCGGUAUGGGACCUGACAUAUCCCGCCUUUUUCCCUUCGCCACCUGAUGGUCUACGGUCUCAACGAGAAAUCGUCUGGUACUUUUAUCUUGCCGAGAUCGCACUUCGGCGCCUUGGUAACAGAAUCCUAAAUUAUAUCUACGAUACCAAAAUCAAAGCCGCGAACUCAUUGGCAGACAUGGCCGAUUCGACACUGGGUUUCGAACAGCAAGCCGCAGACUGGUUGAGAUCGCUCCCACAAGCCCUCGACCUGGACUCCCCGUCCGUCGGCGAAGAAGGCGAAUUGCACCACUCGCUCAAAUUCAUCCUGAAGGGACAUUUACUCGAUUGCUAUGAGAUGAUGUACUGGCCUUUCAUUGUCGUCGCCGUGAAUUACGACACGCCGGACCCUGAAGAUUCUGGGAAUGCAAGUGCAACCAUCACGAAAGUCAUGCUCGACUCAUUCAUACAAAAGGCGUUGGCCGUAUGUGUUGAAAGGAUCGAGAAGAAUGAGCAGGGUUUUUACUAUCGGCAUCACGGGACGUGGUUGAUGUUGAGGAGUUGUACGAGAAGUGCGUUCGUCUUGCUUGCUGCGGCGAGGUUGGAGAAAUUGACGACCUUGAUGCCGGAGCGGUGGAGGUUAGCUGUGGAAAAGGUGUUGGACAUGUUGAGGUUUUGGAGACGGGAGAGUAGAGAUGUUGAGGACAGGCUGAGACUUGUCGAGACGUUGCUUGAAGGGGUGACGUAUAACGGGCAUGGGACGAGAUGAGGAGCAGACAUAAAACAAAGGAGGUCGUCAUCGGCAUGAUUUUAUCAGCUGCUGGAAGUCAAAGCGCUUUGACUAGGAUACAUAGUACCACCGCAAACAUGCAUACCACUACAUCACGCUUCGAGAAUAUGUUCGUCAGUCAUGACGCCCAGCCUCUUAUGCUGGACUCGCUCGUAUUUCUCCUUCGUCCUGCUCAACCUCAUC